GUCACUGACCUCUCGGCCUCCGCUGCCUCCGAUGGCCGUCACCAUGAACCAGGACCUGCGCAGGGAGCGGGCCGCCGCCAGCUUCAACCCGGAUCAGCUCACGUACAUCCUGGACGGCAGCCCGGAGAACACCCGGCGCCGCCGAGAGAUCGAGAACCUGAUUCUGAACGACCCAGACUUCCAGCAUGAGGAUUUGAACUUCCUCACUCGCAGCCAGCGUUACGAGGUGGCUGUGAGGAAAAGUGCCACCAUGGUGAAGAAGAUGAGGGACUUUGGCAUCUCAGACCCCGAUGAAAUCAUGUGGUUUAAAAAACUACAUAUGAUCAAUUUUGUGGAACCUGUGGGCCUCAAUUACUCCAUGUUUAUUCCUACCUUGCUGAAUCAGGGCACCACUGCUCAGCAAGAGAAAUGGCUGUUUUCAUCCAAAGGACUCGAGAUAAUUGGCACCUACGCCCAGACGGAGCUGGGCCACGCUUUGUGCACCGAGGGCCUUCGCCUCUGGACCUUCACUUGGGCAUGUUCCUACCCACCUUGCUUCACCAGGCCACUGCGGAACAGCAGGAGCGCUUCUUCAUGCCCGCCUGGAGCUUGGAGAUCACUGGCACUUAUGCUCAGACAGAGAUGGGUCAUGGAACUCAUCUUCGAGGCUUGGAAACCACAGCCACUUAUGACCCUGAAACCCAGGAGUUCAUUCUCAACAGUCCCACCGUGACCUCCAUCAAGUGGUGGCCUGGUGGACUUGGAAAGACUUCAAAUCAUGCGAUAGUACUUGCCCAGCUCUACACGAAGGGGAAAUGCUAUGGAUUACAUGCCUUCAUAGUACCUCUUCGCGAAAUUGGAACCCAUAAGCCUUUGCCAGGUAUUACCGUGGGCGACAUUGGCCCCAAAUUUGGCUAUGACGAGAUGGAUAAUGGCUACCUGAAGAUGGACAAUUAUCGCAUUCCCAGAGAAAACAUGCUAAUGAAGUACGCCCAGGUGAAACCUGAUGGCACAUACGUGAAACCCGUGAGUAACAAGCUAACCUACGGGACCAUGGUGUUUAUCAGAUCCUUCCUUGUGGGAGAAGCUGCCCGGAGCCUGGCAAAGGCCUGCACCAUUGCCAUCCGAUACAGCGCCGUGAGGCACCAGUCCGAAAUCAAGCCAGACGAGCCAGAACCACAGAUUUUGGAUUUUCAGACCCAGCAGUAUAAACUCUUUCCACUCCUGGCCACGGCCUAUGCCUUCCACUUUGUAGGCGCUUACAUGAAGGAGACCUAUCAUCGGAUUAACGAAGACAUUGGCCAAGGGGACCUGAGCGAACUGCCCGAGCUUCAUGCGCUCACCGCGGGGCUGAAGGCUUUCACCUCCUGGACAACUAACACCGCCAUCGAAGCGUGUCGGAUGGCUUGUGGCGGGCAUGGCUAUUCUCACUGCAGCGGUCUUCCGAAUAUUUAUGUCACUUUUACCCCAACCUGCACCUUUGAGGGAGAAAACACGGUCAUGAUGCUACAGACGGCUAGGUUCCUGAUGAAAAGUUAUGACCAGGUACACUCAGGGAAGCUGGCGUGUGGCAUGGUGUCCUACUUGAACGACCUGCCCAGUCAGCGCAUCCAGCCACAGCAGGUGGCAGUCUGGCCGGCGGUGGUGGAUAUCAACAGCCCCGAGAGCUUAACAGAGGCCUAUAAACUCCGUGCAGCCAGAUUGGUAGAGAUUGCUGCGAAAAACCUUCAAACUGAAGUGAUUCACAGAAAAAGCAAGGAGGUAGCGUGGAACCUAACCUCCGUUGACCUCGUUCGAGCCAGUGAGGCACAUUGCCACUAUGUGACAGUUAAGCUCUUUUCAGAAAAACUCCUCAAAAUUCAAGAUAAAUCCAUCCAAGCUGUCUUAAGGAAUUUAUGUCUUUUGUAUUCUUUGUAUGGAAUCAGUCAGAAGGCAGGGGAUUUUCUUCAGGAGAGCAUCCUAACAGACUCUCAGAUUACCCAAGUACACCAGCGUAUCAAGGAGUUACUGACUGUGAUUCGCCCAGAUGCUGUUGCUUUGGUUGAUGCGUUUGAUUUUCAGGAUGUGUCACUGGGCUCUGUGCUUGGCCGCUAUGAUGGGAAUGUGUAUGAGAACUUGUUUGAGUGGGCCAAGAAAUCCCCACUGAACAAAGCAGAGGUCCAUGAAUCUUACUACAAGCACCUGAAGCCACUGCAGUCCAAGCUCUGAAGGUCAUGACACAUUUGAUCUGCCCAGGAAGCAGCUGUACUCUCCACUCCCCUUGUACCUGCCACACAAAUCUGCGUGGACUCUUCAUCAAAUUCCAAUUCAGAGCGCUAUAGAGCAAAUGAUAAAUUGACCCCUUUCCUCGUUGUUAAUGAAGAAAAAAGUGAAGAGCUUUCAGAGAUUAAAUGAAAAAAUAGAUGUGUUUUAAGUGCAAUUAACACUGAAAGAGACCUGUCAAGCAUUCAGAAAAAGCUUUAAGAAAUGCAGUAUGACUUCCAUUUGUAACGCUGCUGAUCCCAGUAGGCCAUAACUUUUGAUAAUUAGUAGAAUUUAACUACUAAGUAGUUAAUUAUUUUCACGUCUUAAUUGCUAAUCACUGGAUAUAUGUGUUUUUAAGCAAAGGUAUUUUUAAAGUGGGGUACAACCCUCCCUAGCUUGCCUGCUAAAUGUCCUGCCACUCCUGCCGUGGGCCCUGACUUACAAGCAGGACUGAAUGGGGGAAAGAAACUAAUCAGGAAAGUUAGUGUGAGUUUGUGCUUAACACCUUUUCUGCCUGCUUCCCCUUGGUUGCUGAUUCUGUUUGUUCGUAGUAGCGUUUUUCUAACACAAGCUUCUUCAGCACAGGCCUACUGCAGGAUCAUUGUCUUGUGUAAUUGGGAAUUAAUCUUCCAUUAGAAGAAUCCCUAAAUUAUCACUGUAGCAGUACCAUAGCUCCGUUUGUCCCAAACUUCUGGGAAGGGGUGGGUAGCGAAAUUACCUCUACAUAGCACUAUUGGCAACUGAUGGAACCUCAGUCAGUGGCAUUUGAUCUCCCUCCCGUUCUCCCUUAACCUCUCCCGAAAGAGAUGCUGAAGAAAGAAAGAAGAGUCAGUUCCUUCCUAGUAGACUUAAGUGUAGGGAGAGCUCUCGGUUACCGUUACAAUAACUUUGGUCACCAUAUUAACUGGAUUUUCUGGAACAAUCCGGAUUUCAUGUAUUCUGUCAUUUUGGCAUAAACCAUUAAAAUGCUUGGAGGUUACAGUACCUGGCAUUACAAAAGCAAAUCAUCACUCAGGUUACCUCUUACCCCCAGGAGUAGCACAGAAAUAUCCUGUAACAAACCAUGUGUCCUGAUUUUUGGAUCAGAAAACAUAAUCAUUGAAACUAUGGCUAAAGGAUAAAUGGAAGUUCCAUAGAAGUAUUUCUUAUUGUAUAUUUGGCUUUAUUUUCAGUAUGUUUCUAGGAGCUUUUAUCUGAAUUGCUAAAUUGUCCUUUCAGCUGAAAUCUAAUUUACACAACCAUUCUAUAUUUAAAGGGUAAACAUGUACCGCUUAGUGAAUUUUAUUCUUAAAAUCAAUGUAAAACAACAUGUUACUUGAUUUUUUUUUCAAUCUGUUAACUGUAUCUGUGACAUCUGCCUCAUGAAACCAGUUCUAGAAUCAGUCUUGAGAAUGUAGUAUAACUCAGUGGAAAUAUAAUGCCUAUCUUGGGACCUGACAUAAAAUCUUAUUCCAGCGGAACCAGUAAUAUGAGAAUUUUAGGUCCAGCAGAAAUACUAUCUGUUGAUACAAGCCUUAAUCUUUCCACCAGGAGAAUUAAUUGAUAAUUGUGUUAAGAUUGAAAUAAAAAGCACUCUGUGUUAAUCUCAUUUGGGUACAUCUUGACAGUAGUUCAGAUUCUGGGAAAUAACAAUGUAAAUAUAAAUUGCUUAAUAUUGAGCAAUUAUUGAGCCUUUUAAGUGUAGAAUUGUUUCAAAAUCAGUGGUUAAAUACCUUACUCAGAUGAAUACCUGUAAUCAGCUUCUGAGAGUGUUCAAAAUCACACCCACCUAAUCAAACUGCACAGAUCUGGGAACUAUCUUAGGUUUGACAGGUUGUAGUAGACACUACAGAGCCACCUUUGGUCCAGCCCCUAGAGUUUUAUUUAAAAACUAAAUCUGAUAUUUAAUACUAAUUUUAUUAACAUUGGAAUGUUUUGUCUUGAACUUUAUUCACUGUGAUCAAAGAAUAAAAACAUAGUAAAACCUCACUAAUUUGCACUAUCAAGAGAGAAAGAGUACCACAUAAUCAACACAAAUUCAAAUUUUGAAGGAUUGUAAGACAGAGGUUUAUGAGGUUUGGGUAACACUAGGAACAAAAAAAGGAAGGAGUGAGACCUGCCUGAGCAGAUAGCACUGAAAUCCACUGCAAUUGCUGUCACAGAGGCCAAGUGCUCUGGUCCAUUUCUAAGAACUUUUUGUUGACUGCUACAAAGCACUCAGGUCCAGUUUGCUGUCCCUAAGAAGCCAAACUUGGCGUAGAUAAGUGUGCUUGUGUUGGGUUCUUCUGUGAGCCGUUCUCACAGCACAAAGAUAAACUUCACCCUAAUCUUCUCCGAAAUGAUAAAUAUUGAGUAGAAUUAAUGAGAUUUUUCUAUUAGAUAAUACUGAUAUUAAGCCUCUUUUAAAAAGUACUCUGAACAGUACCCAAAAUUGAAAUUUUGAGAUUUAAUAGGGAUGCUUUUGCUAUUUGUAACGGAUGAAGGUUGAUGCUUCCUCAAAUGUUUGUGGAGUUCUAUCUUAUGUUCUAUCAGACAUACUGAGGUGUAUUUCAGUGUUUGCGCAUCAGUGACCUCUAAACAGUUUGUCCAAACCAAAGCCUUGAGGCCAUUCGUGUUCUUAUCUUCAGAACAUUACAAUGAUAAGUAUCAGCUUAUCUUCAGAACAUUUGUCUAAUUGCAGUAUUAACUAUGUGUGUUUUCUGAGAAUUCACUUGUAAUUUCAGAUUACAUGUACCUGGAGGCAUUUUCUAGUUCCUAAAAUUAACACAUCAGAUCUUAAUUCUUGGUUUUCUUCAAUGCAGGGCUUUGACUGGAGAAAUUAAUAACUUCAAAUUCAUGAUCCUAGAGUUCCCUGGGGAAUGAAAAUUCUUUAGAUAACUCCUGCUCAGGCCUUCCACCCCCUUUCUGAGUUCUUUGCAUCUGUCUUAUUAGGAAGGAAGAAGAGAUGCAGAUGGUCUGUAACAGCUGCUAGUCUUUUUAAAUAUGUGGAAGGUAUGCCUGGGGUUAUAGGUUGUCUUCAAGCAGUAGUUAGCUCCCACUGCAGCUGGAGAGGAGCAGUGCCAGAAAAUGGACUAUUCUACCCAAGACCAAGGGUCUUGUUGAUUCUCCUGACUCAGGUUGAUUCUCCUGACUCAGAAAGGUUUUGAUCAUUUUCAUGGAAUAAUGUGGAAGUCGUUUCAGUAAAUAUUGACUACUCCAUUGGAGGAUUAGACCAAAUCAUGUAAAUGACUAAAAUGACCGAUCUUUCAUUUUAAAAUGGUGGUGGUGUUUAGCUUGUAGCUGUCCACACUUAAUUAACUUUUCAGUAACUAUUCCUGUGGUCCAUGAUAGUAAACAUAGGAAUGUGUUAAGGAAACUUAGGAGUUACCAGAUGUUAGCUGUUGCAGACCUGCAAAUUGCUAGAUUCCAAGGGGGUUUUGUUUGAUUUUGCCUUAAAUUGAAGUGGGCUAAUCAUUAUCUCAAGAAGAUCAUGGAAAAUUAGGAGUGAUUUUAAGAAUUCUGAACCAAAAUAAGUUGUUUUGCCACAGUACUGUUGACUUUCAUUAAAAUAUGUGAUCUUCCACAUAACAUUCAGACUGCUGACUACUUUAUAAACACCAUUUUAUUUACAAUUGCAUCCUUUGGAGUGUGUAAUUACUACCCAUUUUCCUUUUACUGUUGUGGAUUUGAAUUUGGUUCCUACCUGACGAGAUGCAUUUAGUAUGUAUUGUUACCCAUCCCUGGCUGAAUGCGUCAGUGGGGGUGGGAGUAGGAGAAAGUGCAUGGGUCCCGAGGGUCCUGGGCGUGUGAAUCAUGGUUAGACUGCAGAGACUCGCCAGCACUGCAUGGUCUUCUGGUAAGCCAAGCUACUAAACUUUUUUUUUCCUUUGUAAAGUUGAAAGACCCUUAAUAAAAUCUGUAAUUAACACAAAAA